AUGGGUUAUGGAAUGCAUACUGGAUUGAGUACUUGCAUAUACUCCUACUGUGGCAACCUCUGGCGUGGCGUAAAAACCCCUCUUGCUCUGGGAGGACUUCUUGGCCGCGCACGUCAGUGCAUUGAAGGACAGAAAGCACUCCAGAUUGCUCAAGAUGCUGCUGCAACUGCCAGAAUGGACGCCGACGACGACCUUUUUUAUGCCACCGAAAUGAUCUCUCUCCUGAAGGAAGACUGGAUGGAGGCUCAGGACGAGAACCUUUUCCUCCUGGAUGAGAUCGACGACAUGAAUUUCAACGAAGCAGCUCUAAUACAGACGAAUGAAGACUUACUCGACCAGUUACAGGAAGAAAAAAACAACGUUGAAAAGCGAGAGAAAGAAUGUCAGGAGAACCGACAAAAAGUGGAAGAACUGAAGAGACAAGCUGAAGACAACGAUUUCUACUGUGGCUACCUUGAGGAAAAAGUAAAGGCCCACGAAGCAGAGAGAAAGAGACUGACCCAGGUGGCCACAGAACUCGAGCAGAGACUGCGAGUCUCACAGCGAGAACCAGCGUCUGUUCUCGCUAGAAAUCUGGAUCAAGUGAAAAAUCACGGUCGUGAUACGCAGGAGACUCAAGGUUUGCAGAAGGAGGCCCAUAUCAUGGAAGCCAGAGUUCAGUCGCUUCCGAAGAAGAACAAGAUGAAAAGCCUAAGAAUGAUGCCUCGGCUGAGAGAAAGCAAUGGAAACACGUUCUACAAGCUUGGACGCCUGGAAGAAGCUUGUGAAUGUUUCCUCAGAUUACUGAUGUGGCCGACGACAAGCGGACAACAGGCUGAGACUGGGAAUGUGUCUCUUGUUGCUUGGUGCCAAGGGUCUGAAGAAGAGCGACAACGCAAGAAGGAAAUCAUGCAGAAGGUCAAUUAUGCCAACGGUCUCCUGCAUGAUGCUGAGGAAAGACGAGAAUACGACGCUGUCAGGGAGUUCAUCAAGGAACAAGCAGCUAGAGUGUUUGAAGAUCCUCAGGAGGCCAUGAAAGUCAAAGAGGAGAGACCUGGAAGGAGAGCGAAGAGGAUGAACACUAAAGGACACUAG